ACAAAACCACGUGACUAAAGACCAAUAAGUAGGGCGGCCGACGUGGUUGUUCUUUGGGUUCAGUUGUGUGCGUCAAUAUUUGACGGACAAUCGAGGAAGCCUCUGGAUCCAGUCAGACGUUAUCUUAGCGGAUCGGAACGACCGACAACUAAAUAUGAGCAACUGACCAUUUCCGUGUACGGAUCUAUGAUCUAGAUGAGACCAUUACAAAACGUAUUUAAAGCUAGUUAAGUUCAGUCAUACACCGAGAGACUAUAAAUCUGCGGAGAAAUUGUUCUUAUUCUAUUCGAGAAGACGGAUUUAAUUAGAAUCUUGCCUAGUUUUUGUUCUACUAUAGUCUACCCGGACAGCUUUCGCCAUGGCAUCGGAACGGGACAUUUCUAAGCGCGUUGAGAGUUGUUCUGCUUUCGAAUUUCAGUUGAAAGACACGAUGAUAGCGAUUUGGAGCAAUGAAUACGAUGAAGAUCACAACAAAGAGGGUAUAAUAAAUCUUUCGACUGCACACAACGAGGCAAUCCAAGAUCUCAUCACUGAAAAGUUGAACCAGCCAGACUUCAUGACGUGGGACUCAACGAUGCUACCAUACAAUGGGCAUCGCAAUGGUAGUCUCCGCCUCCGGAAAGCCUUGUCCGAGUUCUUAUCUUACUGCAGUGGUCAGAAAGCUCCAGAAACUCUCGAUCCGGAAAAGGUAUAUUUUCUGACCGCAUUGCCAAUUUGUCUCCCAGAUUCCAUUAAAAAAGAGAAGAUUUUGACAGAUUUAUAUAUAAUUUCCUUAUUUGGAAACUACCCCCUAGACAAGUUCCCCAGCAAACUACUCCCAGGGCAACCACAACUACACCCGGAUAACUACCCCCAGACAACUACCCCUGGACAAGUUCCCCACACAACUACCCCGGCUGAGAUAACCAUCCUCCAGGGCAAGUUCCCCCAGACAACUACCUUCUUGGGCAACCGCCCUCUAGGACAUAUACCUCCUUGA